AUGUCCUGCCAGCAAAGCCAGCAACAGUGCCAGGCCCCUAAGUGCCCACCCAAGUGCCCUCCCAAAUGUCAGACACCUAAGUGCCCACCCAAGUGUCCACCUAAGUGUCCUCCCAAAUGCCCUCCCAACUCAGGAGGAUGCUGUAGCUCUGGGGGAUGCUGCAGCUCUGGCUCUGGAGGUGGCUGCUGCCUCUUCUCCCAUCACAGGAGAUCCCACAGGCGUAGGCGCCAGAGGUCUGACUGCUGUGACAGUGGCAGUGGGCACAACCAGCAGUCUGGAAGCUGCUGUGGGAGCUCUGGAGGUUGCUGUGGGAGCUCUGGGGGCUGCUGUGGGAGCUCUGGGGGCUGCUGUUGA